GAGACGCCGAGUGCGAGAGCCAGCGCGAUCGCCUGCGGAGACUGCCCGGUGUCACGGCUGCCGCACCGGGGACAAAAAAAAAAAGGGGAUUUUUUUGUUUUGUCUUUUAUUCGGGGGGGAAAGGGAGCGUUUAUCGAGGAGUAACCCGCGGAGGUGCGGGCGGUCGAGUGCGAAGCGCCGGUGAAGAGCGCGGCCUCCGGUUCGUGGGCGGUUGGUUGAGUCGCUGAGGAGGGAAGAUGGCGGACCCGGCGGAGUGCACCAUCAAAGUGAUGUGCCGCUUCAGGCCGCUGAACGAGGCCGAGGUGAUGCGGGGGGACAAGUACAUCCCCAAGUUCCAGGGGGAAGACAACGUGAUCAUUGCGGGCAAGCCCUACAUGUUUGACCGAGUUUUCCAGUCCAGCACUACACAAGAGCAAGUGUACAAUGCAUGUGCACAGAAGAUUGUCAAAGAUGUUCUUGAGGGGUAUAAUGGCACAAUAUUUGCCUAUGGACAAACAUCCUCAGGGAAAACGCACACAAUGGAGGGUAAUCUCCACGACCCAGAUGGAAUGGGGAUUAUUCCAAGAAUAGUGCAAGACAUUUUUAACUACAUUUACUCCAUGGAUGAGAACCUGGAGUUCCAUAUUAAGGUUUCAUAUUUUGAAAUUUACUUGGACAAGAUCAGGGACCUUUUGGAUGUGUCGAAGACUAACCUCUCAGUACAUGAAGACAAAAAUAGAGUCCCAUAUGUCAAGGGAUGCACUGAACGGUUCGUCUGUAGCCCAGAGGAGGUCAUGGACACCAUUGAUGAAGGGAAAUCUAAUCGGCAUGUUGCCGUAACUAACAUGAAUGAGCACAGCUCCCGAAGCCACAGCAUUUUCCUCAUCAACGUCAAGCAAGAGAAUACUCAGACAGAGCAGAAGCUCAGCGGAAAGCUCUACCUGGUGGAUCUAGCAGGCAGUGAGAAGGUCAGUAAAACCGGAGCAGAAGGGGCAGUGUUGGAUGAGGCCAAAAACAUCAACAAGUCACUAUCUUCACUUGGAAAUGUCAUCUCAGCUCUGGCUGAAGGCUCAACAUACAUUCCGUACAGAGAUAGUAAAAUGACCAGAAUCCUGCAGGACUCAUUGGGUGGGAACUGUAGGACCACUAUUGUCAUCUGCUGCUCCCCGUCGUCUUUCAAUGAGGCAGAGACCAAGUCUACACUCAUGUUUGGCCAAAGAGCAAAGACCAUUAAGAACACUGUAUGUGUGAAUGUGGAGCUGACAGCAGAGCAGUGGAAAAAGAAGUACGAGCGAGAGAAGGACAGGAACAAGACACUGCGGAACACCAUCACUUGGUUGGAGAAUGAGCUCAAUCGCUGGAGAAAUGGUGAAACGGUGCCAGUGGAGGAGCAGUUUGACAAAGAGAAGGCAAAUGCUGAGGUGCUGGCGUUGGACAAUCUCAGCAACAGUGAAAAAGUCGCCCCCUCACCUGGUGUACCAGGGGUCAAGUUCACUGAUGCAGAGAAGGAGAAGUGUGAAGAGGAACUUGCCAAGCUGUACAAACAGCUGGAUGACAAGGAUGAUGAGAUCAACCAGCAGAGCCAGCUUGUGGAGAAGCUGAAACAACAGAUGCUGGAUCAGGAGGAGCUCCUGGCCUCAUCCCGGCGUGACCAUGACAACCUGCAGGCAGAGUUGAACCGGCUGCAGGCAGAAAAUGAGGCCUCCAAGGAUGAAGUGAAGGAGGUGCUACAGGCUCUGGAGGAGCUUGCUGUCAACUAUGAUCAAAAGAGCCAGGAAGUGGAGGACAAAACCAAAGAGUUUGAGAGCCUUAGUGAGGAACUCAACCAGAAAACGAAUAUCCUGGCAUCCAUUGACUCUGAGCUUCAAAAGUUAAAGGAGAUGACAAACCACCAAAAGAAGAGAGUCACAGAGAUGAUGUCCUCACUUUUAAAAGACCUGGCUGAAAUAGGUAUUGCAGUGGGCAGCAAUGACAUCAAGCAACACGAAGGGAGUGGGUUGAUCGAUGAGGAGUUCACCGUGGCCCGCCUCUACAUCAGCAAGUUGAAGUCGGAAGUGAAGACUAUGGUGAAGCGCAGCAAGCAACUGGAAGGCACCCAAACAGAAAACAACAAAAAGAUGGAUGAGAAUGAAAAGGAACUGGCAGCAUGCCAGCUGCGCAUUUCUCAGCAUGAGGCCAAGAUCAAGUCCCUGACUGAGUACCUGCAAAAUGUGGAACAGAAGAAGAGACAACUGGAGGAGUCUGUGGACUCUCUGAACGAGGAACUAGUGAAGAUCAGCGCUCAGGAGAAAGUCCAUGCCAUGGAGAAGGAAAAUGAGAUCCAGACUGCCAAUGAAGUAAAGGAGGCAGUGGAGCGACAGAUUCAGAGCCACCGUGAGGCUCACCAGAAGCAGAUCUGUAACCUGCGUGAUGAGCUGGACAAGAAGGAGAAACUCAUUACAGAGCUGCAAGAUCUGAAUCAGAAGAUUAUGCUGGAGCAGGAGCGUCUGAGGGUGGAACAUGAGAAGCUCAAGUCCACGGACCAGGAGAAGAGCCGCAAGCUGCACGAGCUCACGGUGAUGCAGGACAGGAGAGAGCAGGCAAGACAGGACCUGAAGGGACUGGAGGAGACAGUGGCCAAAGAGCUGCAGACUCUCCAUAAUCUUAGGAAGCUGUUUGUUCAGGACCUGGCAACCAGAGUUAAGAAGAGUGCUGAGAUGGACUCUGAUGACACUGGUGGCAGUGCUGCUCAGAAGCAGAAGAUCUCCUUUCUGGAGAACAACCUGGAGCAGCUCACCAAAGUCCAUAAACAGCUGGUACGGGACAACGCAGACCUCCGCUGUGAGCUUCCAAAGCUGGAGAAACGCCUUCGGGCCACGGCCGAGCGGGUUAAGGCCCUGGAGUCAGCCUUGAAAGAGGCCAAGGAGAACGCAGCACGUGACCGCAAGCGAUACCAACUGGAGGUGGACCGCAUCAAGGAAGCUGUCCGGGCUAAAAACAUGGCUCGCCGUGGCCACUCUGCACAGAUCGCCAAACCCAUUCGCCCCGGUCAGCCCCCUAUGGCAUCCCCAACCCACCCCAAUUUGAACCGCGGGGGUGGACCUUUCUACCCAAACAACCAGACCACGGCCAUCCGAGGAGGGGGUGGCCAGAAGCAGGAAAAGAACUGCUGAAGGUCCAAGGGACAUUGCUGAACAGGAGGCAGAUGUCACAAUGAAAAACCCUGUCAUUCCAUUGUGAACUUUUAAAAGGCAGAAUUUUCAAUAUAUAUGUAUAAGUAUAUAUAUAUAUAUAUAUAGAUACCUGGCCUGUACAGUUUCUUUUUUGCUGAUACAAAAAUGACCAUACAACAGAAAAACAGAGGAAGACUGAACAGGAGUGCAAUCUAUGCAUCUUGCAGAUCCAGCUACAUGUGACUGUGUGGCUCCAGUUUUAUUGCAGUUUGUUGUCACUCAUGUAUAGCGAUUACUUGCUCUGUGCCAAGCUGAAUGUAUGUAUGAAAUUUUCAAGAAAUGGGAAAGAUGGAAAAAAAUAACGGAUGUCCUAGCACACAUCCAGUUGUUGUAGGGGUUUAAAACCAGCUUCUUUAAGUAGUUUUUUGUAACCUUGUUUAAAGGUUUGAGUUGAUUAGCCACAGGGAACCCUACUAGCUCACCUAUACAGUUAAAAAUAGCGCUGACCAUGUUUUCUUACAACAGUUAUUUGGUCUUCUUUGAAGUGGUGUUCGAACUUGGCAAUGGGAGAACUUUGGAAUAGUGCACUUGGUGAUGGGUCUAUCAUGGAGCCUUGUUUGGGGAAGGAAUGCAUAAGGUCAAGUGAUACCAGAACUAAUGUACUGUAUAAUAACAAAAUUAAUUGCAUUGAUACUGAAUGCUGUAUGUAUCCCAGCAAAUGUAUAUGCCUUUGGUAAGCGAUAGUGGAGCAUUUGCUUUUCCUGUCCAUGUUUGUUAUUGAUCAGUUUGUGUUUUUAUCAAAAAGGAACAGUUUAUGGUCUCAUGAUAACCAAUGGUCUGUAGAAACUUAGGACCACAGUGUACUAGGAUUUUUAUUUCAGCUUUUGUUGAGCACUUGAAAACCAUGUUUUCUCUAAUGAAGUUUAGUAAAUAUGAAUAUAAUUUUUUCUGCUGCCCAUUUUAAAAUGUUUUCGUAAAACACUUUGAAAACAAUUUAGGAGAACUGACUUAUAUAGUAUAGUAAGAUUGUUGUGUUGUACAUUUGGUGGAAAGGGAGGGGUAUUUUAUCGAAACUUUUAGCUUUUAGGAGAAUCCUUUCGGCUUUAAAACGAGUCUUGGCCAUGUCAUCACAUUUUAAUACACUUUAUCAUGGUACAUAGUUGUUUGUCAUUGUGGGCAUACCUUAAUUACUUUUAUUCAGUAGUGUUUUAGAAAUGACGGUGAGAUCAGUGAGGCUUUGUGUCAUCUGGAUAGAGUCCAUUUGAUUUCUGGGUCAGAUGAGAAAGGUCUUAGAAAUAGUCAUUUAUUUUGCUUAACAUCAUCUCUCAGUUUGUGAUUAACUUAUUUAUUAAAGCUGACUAGUCAGGAGGCAUGGCUUCUGUUUGUUUUUUGUUUUUCAUAAUGGAUAAAAAGAUCCAAAACCUGCAUCUUUGUUUUAAAUUCUGAAACACCUGUAAAGCUGUAACUACAUUGUUUGUAGCCAUAUGCAAACACAACCCAGCAGUGGGAGUGCAAUACUGAUGGGCUGUUGUAAAGAUUAAAUAGAAAAAUAAACAGAGGGUGUGAAAUUUGCAUUGAAUGAGUAAAACAAACCA